UGUGAUAGGGUACACGAUUUAAAUGAAAAUAAGAGUUUUUGUAUAUAUAUACUUAAAUUUAUAUUGAAAAAUUUUAGUUAGCAAUAUGCGUUUAAUAGAACAAACUACACAGAUUGCUGUGAAAAACAUUGAUAAUGUCUGUUCACAGAAAAAAAGGAUUGUGCAUAGUACUUUAUUACCAAAUUCUAUACGCGCCCUUAUAGUAGGUCCAUCAAAUUGUGGUAAAACAAAUGUUAUGAUUAGUCUCAUAGAAAGCCCUAAUGGUCUCAAAUUCAGGAAUAUAUAUAUAUAUUCUAAAUCUUUAUAUCAACCAAAAUAUCAAUAUUUAAAAAAAUUGAUUACUCCAAUCAAAGGAAUAAACCUAUUCACAUUCUCUGAAAAUGAAAAAGUUAUAAGUCCAGCCAAAGCAAAUAUGCAUUCUAUAAUGGUAUUUGAUGAUGUAAUUUGCGAUAAACAAAAUACUAUAAGGGAUUAUUUUUGUAUGGGAAGACAUAAACACAUUGAUUGUUUUUAUUUAUGUCAAACAUAUACAAGGAUUCCUAAACACUUAAUACGUGAUAAUGCAAACAUGAUUAUCAUAUUUAAGCAAGAUGAAAUGAAUAUUAAACAUAUAUAUAAUGAUCAUGUCUUGGGUGACAUGACAUUUAAAGAUUUUUUAAAGCUUUGUAGUGAAUGUUGGAAAGAUAAAUAUGGAUUUCUUAUUGUGAGCAAGGAUGAUCCCAUUGAUAAAGAUAUAAUGUAGAUUAUAAACAGAAUAGAGAGCAGAUUGGUGACAGAAAGAAAGCAGAUCGGCAGCAGAUAUAAAGCAGAUCGGUAGCUGAUAUAAAGCAGAUCUGUAGCAGAUGUAAAGCAGAUCGGAAGCAGAUUGAUACAUAACCAAAAAAAAUAAAAAUAAAUUAUCCAAUCAUGAAGAGACACAAUUUGUUGAAGGAAAUUGUAAAAACACGAGCAGUAUUGAAAGAAAAGUUAAAAAGCAUUAAACUUGAUCAAAUAGAUAGGAAUAAUCUAUUAGAAGAUACAUUUCAACCAAUAACAAAACCUUUGAAGGAUAUUAUAGGAAAACUAGAUGAGAACAAAAAAGAAAGUAAUCAGUGUUCUAAUAAAUAUAAUGAUAAAAAUAUUUAUGAUUAUAAUAAACAAUCAUUGUAAUUUUAACAACCGAUGAGUAAAAAUGUCUAAAAACAAUUUCAUAAUUAUAGAUGUUCAAGGUUUUUUCUUAAAUAAUAAAUUUAUUGCGAAGGAAAUUUGUAUUUUUGAACAUAAUCAGACAAUUAAAAAGUUUAUUAUAUACCCCCCUUGCAAAUUUUCUUCCUUAUCAUUAAAGGAAAAGAUUACAAAUAACUGGCUUACAAAACAUUUUCAUGGGUUGAGAUGGAAUGAUGGUAACAUAAUUUUUAAAGAAUUUAACGAUUAUUUAAAUAAAUUUAUAAAAAAACAAGAAAAUCUAACAAUAUUUGUGAAAGGAUGUGAAAAACAAAAAUGGAUAAAGCAAUUAAUAGAAGAAGAUAUAAAUAUAAUAAAUUUAGAUGAUGCUAACUGUUCAAACAUAUGUAAUCUUUAUAAAAAUAAUUUGCAUAUGAAAAUUUGUAGUUAUCAUAAACAACACCCUAAUUAUAGAUGUGCUGAAAAAAAUGUUAUUUUAUUAAGUCAAUUUAUUAAUGUUUUUUUAAAAUAAAGCAAAUAAAAUAAAAACAUAUCGUUUUUUCUUUAUUUAGGAUAUAUAAGGCUAUGUAAUGUAAGUAUACAUUAGUUCCUUUUUUCAUUUUGUUGGGGUAACUUCUCAAAGAAAAUGAUAUUAUCAACGAAUAUAAAAUAUCUAUUAAAAGAAUACAACUCCUACAUUGAUAAGGAACAUAAACAAUUUUUUGAAGAGAUGAUUGAAGAAUUAAGGAUAUAUAAAAAUGUAUAUACUUCAUUUAUACAAACAACACAUGGAAUUCAUACAUGGGACUGCAAGCUGAACUCGAUAGAAAAUAUAAAUAUUUGUAGUUGUAUAAUUAAAUAUAAUCGUUACAUCCUAUUACAAAAACUCUACAAUUUAUACUAUCGCAUUCUUUGCAAUAAAAGUGUAAUCAAUUCUUAACUUCAA